AAAAAGGUUUAUAUUGUGUUUGUGAUUACACUUGUAUGAUAGUCUGUAUUGAUAUAUAUACCAUUACUUAAACCGAUUAACUACACAAAUCAGACUAAAUUAUCAAUAUGCGCGUCUUCGCCUUAGUCGCUCUGUGUUUUGCGUCUGCGGCAGCGGUCCCUCACAAUCCACAUAGGCAUGUAGAUGGUGACAUUGCCAGUAUCAAUCAGUACCCCAGUCUUGUCUCUCUGCUUUACGCGUACGAAUGGAGUGUGUUUGUCCAAGAAUGUGCUGGAGUCAUUAUAAACCGUCGUUCCAUCCUUACUGCUGCUCACUGUCCUUAUUAUGACGCAGUCCCAAAAUGGCGAUUCCGUGUUGGUUCUUCUUUGCCAAGCAGUGGUGGACAAGUGCAUGCAGUCAAUGGAAUUCUCAUUCAUCCAUCAUAUCGACCAAAUGCUUUGGACUUUGAUGUCGCUGUUUUGCGCUCGGCUACCGAGAUACAAUUCAAUGAAUUUGUUCAGAUUUCUUAUAUUCCAUCUGCUAGAUAUGUGGUACCAGAUAACGACCCACUCUGGGUAGCAGGAUGGGGUGCAAACAGUUUUGGUGCACUGACCGGAUCCGAGCAGCUACGUCACAUUCAAGUUCAAAAACUUAACGACAUAGCUUGCAAAAACAGAUACGCUUUACGUAAUAUACCUAUCACAGCCAACAUGGUUUGCUCUGGCUGGGUGUCUGGUGGUCGCGACCAGUGCCAGGGUGUCUCUGGUGGCCCUCUCUACCACCGUCAUAAUACUGUUGUUGGUGUCUGGUCUUUUGGUUUCGAAUGCAGUAGUGCAAGUGAUUUCCCCAGUGUCAGCGCCAACGUGCCUCGUCUUAGCAACUGGAUCUUGAGUAAUGCGUAAGAUGAAAAGGCACUUAACUGACGAAUUUGUUAAUAAAAAUACUAAUCAUUAAUAA